GCGGGUUUCGACAGCAGCGAUUCAUUCUUGGACACGAGUGCGGAGCAGCGCGCCCUCACCGGAGGGGCCUGUGACGCCCUCGGCAGGGCCAGCAGUCAGCUGCAGCGGCAGGACGCCAAGCUGAAGGUAGAGCAGAGGUGGAGGAGAGGAAUAGGGAGUGAGGUGGCAUCACCGCGAGGGCAGAUGCGAGGGAGGCAAUAUUUUUACCACUCUUUCCCUCUCGUAGAUAUGGUCCUCUGCCGAGCGUGUGAGGGAGGAGCACCUAGAGAAAGGGGCAGUGGCUUUCUGACUCGCCAACUCGCAGAUUAGCGCUGGUGUCCCAAGUGAUGAGGCACUAGGUUUUCCCACGGGAGCGGUGCAUCCGUCCGUACCUCGAGAACGAAGGAACGUGGAACUGCAGGAGGAGGAGGAGCGGGGCGACGGGAGCCCUGAAGGCAGGAUUUCGAAGGUGCAAGGAGUUGGUGGUGGUGGUAGGGAAGGCGGAGGAGGGGGUGCGGGAAGAAGAGGAGGAGGGGGAGGACGAAGAAGAGUGUGUAGGGAAAUCAGGCGAGGACAGAUAUGCGACGGGAGCACGGCGACUACUGUAGGACGGUGCUCUCAGCUCCUUCCAUUUGUCUUUCGUCACGCCCUUACGUUCUCGUUGUCGUGGGUAUCGGAAUUCGCGAGAGGAAUGGAUUUCAUGGAUGAUCAUCCCGGCGAGUGCCGCUCGAUCCUUUUGCGGGCGACCGCAGCACAGGCGCCCCUUGCAAAGUAGCAUAUGUCUGAGAUGACAGUAUGCCUUUGUCUCCCGUUUUUUCUCCUCGCGGGCGUGAUCUCGCGCCACCGAUUGCCGGGUGGGGGAGAGGGAGGAGGAGGAUGAGGAGGAGAACAGGGUGGGCAUAGAAGAGGAGGGGGAUUGGCAGUGAGUGAGUUGUUUGUUUCGUUCUGGCGUUUGUGUCGCCGGAGAGAGAGGAGGUAGGGAGAGGAAGGUUUUGUUGAAUAUAAUUGGGUGGAGGGGUGGUGGUGCAGAACAGAGGAAGGUUCUGCAGCGGGCGUCGUGAAUCGGUCGGUUCCUUGUAAACUCGAUGCGCGACUGGUGGGGAUUUUUUCAGAGCGAUCGUAGCUGGUUAGUACGAGGGGUUAGGGAGGGUAGGGUAGGGACGGUGUAUCACGAGGGAGGGGCGCCGUGCGAGAGAUACGGUGAGGGCGGAGGGGUGUUUUGCACCAGAUUGACGAGGCGGGAGAGGUGGUAGAGAGGUGGUAGAGAGGCGGAUUCGCGAGGAGGGGCCAGCUUCGCAGGUCCGUGACCGCUGGCCUCCGACCUCGGGCGGCGGAGGACGCCGCCAUGGAGCAGGAUGAUGAGGAAUUCGAGCAGCUGCUCGAGGAGAUUCCCCGAGCGACCUCAGCGCCUCCUCACUUGGAGGAGUUGCAGCGCGUGUAUGGAACGCACUUCGACGAUAGUCCAUUUAUGGUGCUGAGACAAGACGAGGUAACGGUGAAGCCUUUCACGGACAUUCGCUGCGAUGAACACUAUGACACGUUUUAUAAGAUGUACUCGAGCACGAAAAAGCUGCCACCGCCCAUGGCCAAUCGAAUGCUGUUCGCAGAGCUGCCUAGCAUCCUGUCGCCGCGGGCGUCCUCGAAUCAUAUCUCACCAUUUGCCAGUGGGUUAGCGCUGGAGAGUCCGCGGUCGAGCAUUCUUCAGCAGCGGCAGCAGCAGUUCCAAUUGCAGCAAAAGAAGCAACAGCAGCAACAGUCGCAGCAGCAGCAGCAGGAGCAGAAGCAUCAGCAUCAGCACCAGCAGGAUGACCAGCAGCAGCAGCAUCAACAGCAGCAACAACAGCAGCAGCAGCAGCAACAGAAGCAGCAGCAGCAACAAGAGCAGCAACGGCAGAUGAUAGCACGGGAGAGAGAGGAGCAGACUCUUGCGUCGGCUUUCGGUGCAUUGAACUUUGCAGAGAAUUCAUCGUCCUCUUCGGCGGGUUCGAAAGGUGUUGGACCCGUCGGGGCGAAGACGGCGGGAUGUCAAGGUAGGGUGGAUGACCCGAAUGCCGAUGGAAGGGGGGGCGGCGGCGAGUCGAUUCAGUCCAGUUUGCAGAGUUCGUCAAGCGGGGGCGGGACUGGCGGAGGCGCGGGCGGAAGCCCGGGCGGUGCCUCCUUCGAUGGCCUGGUUCAAGGCAACGGCCAUGCUCGUACGCAUUCCCAUUCGCGCACACCGUCAAUCGGACGAUCAGGAGGGAUGAAUGGGGUAGCCUCAAGUCUGGAAGCAUAUGCGGCUGCUGCUGCGGCGGCAGCAGCAGCAUCGGAUGCCCUGGAUGCCUAUUCGUCUGCCAUGGGUCCGACAGGAGGGGGGGGAGGCGUGGCUGGGGGGCGUGGCGGGUUCAACUCUGCCUGCGAUUCGAACCUGGACGGAUUCGUGGCCAGAUCAGUGGGGCUUGAUCACCUGCUGACGGCGAAGCGUUCGUCGCCAGGGUUGGAGUCAAUGGCGUCGGGAGCGAACGGUGGGAGUGAUGGCGGGUUCACCGCAUCUUCCGCGAAUGCGGCUAUGUUGGAAUCUCUGCUGCGGAGGGCUUCCCCCGCGCCCGAUGCUGGGUACAACGGCGGCGGACGCCUGUCAUUGGAUGGACUUAGGCUGGGGUCCAUGCCCGCCUCGAUAGAUGCGCUCGCCGCAGCGGCGGCAGUGGCAGUACAGGCCGGGAUGUUUCCGAUGAGCGGGGGGGCAGCGGGUGGCGGGCCGGGGGGAGGAGCCGGUGGUGUGGGCAGCUUGGAUCUUUAUGCGGCGGCGACGGCUGCUGUAGCGGCUCAGCAGCACCAGCAGCACCAACAACAGUACCCGCCACUAGAUUAUGAUGUGGCGGCGUACAUUCAGGCGCAGCAACAACAACAGAGGGCGCAGGCGGCCGCUGCAGCCAUUCAUCAAGCUCAACGUAUUCAGCAGCAGUUGGAGGAGGAGAGACUAAAAAAUCGGCAGCUUCUGCUUUUGCAGCAGCAGCAGCAGCAGCAGCAGCAGCAGCAGCAGCAGCAGCAGCAGCAGGAGAGGUACUACGGAAUGAUGAAUUCGGGGAGUAGCGGAGGUAGCAUUGGUCCGUACAUGCGUAGCCAGUCUCCGAUGAGACAUGAAUCUCCCGUCCAUGGUGGACAUGGAAUGCCACCGUCGCAUCCUCCCCCGCCCCCCCACUCUUUGCAUCAUCAACAGACGGCGUAUCACAAAUCACGAGGGCCGCUGCAGACGAGCGCCGGGUACGAGGCUGGAUGGGGUCAUCAGUCUCUUCCGGGCAACGGCGCGAUCCCUGGAGGCCCGCUACCCUUCGGCGGUGGGUUGGCGUUGGGUGGGGCGGGGGGGGUGCAAAACAUCGAUCAUGUCGGAAGGGGUGCAGGAGGGGGCCAGCAUCCAGGAGGAGGGUGCAAUAUCUGCCGGUACUACGCGCAGGGUUAUUGCAGCAGAGGUGACGGGUGUCCGUUCGUGCAUUCACCGGCGUCCGGUGGAUCGUCGGGGUACAAUAGAGGAGGGCCACCUCCCGUGGGUGGUGGCGGUGGUGGUCCCCACGGAAUGCCAGGGGUGCCUCAAAAAGAUCCACGUGGAAUCCCCUCUCCUCCCCCUCCCAUGGCGAUCCGGGAUGAUCGCUACCCUGUCGCAUUUUCCCACAAGGCGGAGACUCGUCGCAGCCCGAGAAGAGGCAUGCCGCCACCCCCGCCGCCGCCGGCAGGCGCGGUGGCUGCGCCGCCUGUGACGCCGGCGGUAGCCAGGAGGAAGUCGGAUAUGAUGCCCAACGGACACAUGAACGGCGUGUAUUUGAAUGGGAAUCAUGCAAUUGGAGGCGGUGGGUUGGCAAUGGGCGGGGCCCAUGGGAACGGGCUGGGCGUGGGGUUGCAUUCCGUGCCGUCGUCGAGAGGCAGCGGGGGAGGAAAUCUGCCUGAGCAGUUCGACUUCUACAAUGCCGGCCAGACGUCACCACCGCAUUCGCACUACGCUCCCCAGCAGUCACAGCCCAAGUACCAGACGCUCGAGGAGGUGGAAGGGAGGAUCUACACGAUUGCCAAGGAUCAGCAUGGCUGCCGCUUUUUGCAGCGGAAGUUCGACGAGGGAGGACCCGACGACGUAGCCAAGAUUUUUGCCGAGAUCAUCGAUCAUAUGGUGGAAUUGAUGACGGAUCCGUUUGGAAACUACUUGAUCCAGAAACUUCUGGAAUGCUGUACCGAACCCCAGAGACGUCAAAUACUCGAUCGUGUUGCUGUGAAGUCGGAGCUUGUCAACAUCUCCCUCAAUAUGCAUGGAACAAGAGCCGUCCAGAAGCUGAUAGAGACCCUGACGUCGCCCGACCAAGUACAGAUGGUAACGAAUGCUUUAAAAAUUGGAGUAGUGACCCUCAUCAAGGACUUGAAUGGCAAUCAUGUUAUCCAGCGGUGCUUGCAAAAGCUGAACACCGAGGACAAUCAGUUCAUCUUCGAUGCAGCCGCCCAACAUUGUGUUGAGAUUGCGACACAUCGGCACGGUUGUUGCGUGCUUCAACGGUGUGUAGACUAUGCCUCAGGCGCUCAAAGACAGAGACUCGUUGCUGAGAUAGCCGCCAAUGCAUUGGUGCUUUCUCAAGAUCCUUUUGGGAACUAUGUUGUGCAAUACGUUCUGGACCUUAACUUGCCAUGGGCCUCAGUUGAGGUGAUGGUUAGGUUGGAGGGCAGUUAUCCCUACCUUUCGAUGCAGAAAUUCAGCAGCAAUGUGGUCGAGAAAUGCUUAAAGCUUGCUGAUGAUGAGCAUCGUGCACGCAUCAUCAGAGAGCUCAUGGCCUCUCCGAGACUCGGACAGCUGUUACAAGAUCCGUAUGCAAAUUACGUGGUACAGAGUGCCCUCACUUACUCUAAGGGGGCCUUGCACAGUAGCCUGGUUGAUGCGAUUUGCCCGCACCUGCCGGUACUUCGAAGCAGCCCUUAUGGAAAGCGUAUUCUGUCGCGAACCAACCUCAAGAAGUAAGAUGAGUAAGGAGGAGGAGAGAAUAGAGCAGACGGUGUUUAUAUUGUGGUACAUUAGCAACCAGGCGUGCACGGCAGGGCAGGUUGGAUUCAUUCUGAUGCAUGAAUGAGAAUAGACCUGUAUUACCAUCAUUUUGCCUUUGGUGGUUGUGAAAGGGCGAUGGUGCCUGCGAAAGAGCAAAGCGGGGACAUUUGUUUGGGAUGAGAAAAAUGAUGACAAUCGCAGAUCGGAUUGUCGCGUUAAAGCACUGUGUUGGGUAGAGUUGGAACGCGCCAACUUUGUCGAGCUCAUGCCUGCUCGACCCAAGGGUUCCUUCCAUAAGUCCCGAGGGUGUUUCAAGUGGUGUCAAGAUGUUGUUUGAUUGUAUAGUUAUUGAUUUGAUAAUAGGAGACCAGCAAGAACGGAACGGAUUUGAACGGUGGUGCCCUGGACGGCGGGUGAACGGUGGGGACAACGGAUGGGCGUAACACCUGCGUUCCUUGCACGCACAGGAGACGACAGGUUGCAGCGAAAUUGCCUCGGUGGAUAUGACUUGGAUGUCGGGUGCAUGGCAUCAAACAUGUAGACGGUGGAGGGAUUUAUUUUCAAAGAACGGGCCCCGGGGGGGGAUCACAAUCGAAAUUGGUUUUUUGUGAGCUGCAGUGGUACGCUGGUUCUCUGUACAACAUGUUCUCAAAGAGGAGGGAGUGGACGAAUGUGAACUGCGUUGCUUCGUUGGGAAGCUGGCAGGCGAACUUGGGCGGAAGGGAAUUAUUGCAAAUGGGUGCAAGUUCUUGGGGAGGACCUCGAAGCUUCUAUCUUUGAGGUUCGUGUUAAAUGGAUGGGAUGUGUAGAACAGAUGGGUGAAGGAGCAGGGCAGGUCUUGUCCCGAAUUCGGCUAUGAUGAUGCCCAUGACAUUCUCGAAGCAGAGGAUGAAGAUGACCGAUGAGCGGGCAAGAGACAGUCGCUAGUUUUUUUCUGUUGUAAUCCAUGGGGGGGAUCAUUGCCACGGAGAGGGCGGGGGGUUGGUGGGGGGGGGGGGGGGGGGGGGGGGGGGGGAGAGGAGGUGAGGGAAUUGCCGAGAGAGAGGGCUGCUUGACUGUUCAUGCCCACUGGCUUCUUUGGUUUCUCUUCUUUGUUGUUUUUCUUGCGGCUCUCUUGUAUGACGCUACGCGACUGCAAAGAAUGCAGGGGGAAAAAAAAGGGGAGGAAAGGACUUCGUUCGUUCGAGGAGAAUACGAGGCAGAGACGAGAUGCAUUCAAUAAGAUUAGAAGUGCGAUGGCAGAUGCACGCUGUAGUGAUAUCUGCUACUACUUGUGGUGGGGAGAAGGUUUGCAGGGCUUCGUCUCUAGAAGAGGGAGGAUUCUUCUGGUGGAGCGAGGGUGGGGGAUCGAGUCGAGUGACUUUUGAAUUGGAUUUUGGCACGGUUGUUUAUCAUAGAAUAACGCCAAGGGAGGAAGCGGGCUUUUCUCGUAGAGCCUUGAAUUCCUUGUUCAAUUGGCCCUCUAGGACGGAGGAAGUAGAAAUCAUCUUGCAAUAGAAACGCAAGGGAACCAUUCUGGUUCUUUGUUCCAGGGAUUUGGAUGCGUGGUGGCGAUCAGAUGCAACUCUUGUGAUUGCGUCAACAUAUAUAGAUUGGGCAUCUGGAAAUUUACCUCUGACACCAUGCUGGCUGAGAUUGCUCACAUUGGGGGUGGAAUCUUGUGCAAGCGGUUUCGAAGAGGUGAUACACAAUUGAAUUCGAAGAAAAAAACAAAAGCGUGCUGGUAAACCUGAAUCCCGUAGAUGCUGAUUGGCUCGAAGGAAAGAAAAAAAAAAGAGUCGGAGAUGAUGCAGACAUCGCGAAGAAGUCAGCUGCUGGAUGGUCUUCUUCAGGUGUUUUGGACCUUAGCAUCACCAAGAAAGGACGUAAAAGGGAGGGUCGUCACGUGCAGCCGAGGUGGGCUCCAGGCAUGUGGGAGACACAGCAUCGGUGAGGUUUAUUAAGCUUGGGUAGGUGCUUUGGGAUGACAAGGGAGGCGUGCUGUCUCAUUCGUCUUGGGAUUCUUUCUGUUGCUGACCAAGACGUGGUCGAGGUGGGAAGAACAGACAAGCUAGGUCCGUGUGUGAUUCGGAUUGGGGUGUUGUUGCUCAUCUGACUGUUGAGCUUGCAGCGUCGUCGGAUGUCUGCUGCAUAAUUCUUCAAGUUUUCUUGUCUUUUGUCUUGGCCUCGUUCUCGGCCUUUUGCCGUCCUGUGCUCCACACUCUCGCUCAAAGAUUCUGCCUCCGCUCCUGCUUCUGCUGCCGUCGCUGCUGCUGCUGUUGAUGAUGAUGAGCGAUGGUGAUGAUGAUACACUGGCGUAGCCGGUAUGGCCGUUGCACGGAAGGGGCUGAGAGCAGCCAAGGAGUGGAAUUUGCUCACACGGUGUCGUGUGCUGUGUUGAGCUGCUGGGGAGGGUUUUUUCGCUUGCGGAAGGAAAGAGACAAUGGAAGAAAGAGUGGGGGAGAUGAUGGAUGGCUAAUCUAUAGAGAGCACGAUUCUUUAGUGUUUGGUGUCACAUUCACAGAGAGGGCCCCGGGUGCGGCGAUGAUGCAUGCCUGGAGGUAAGAGCAUCAGAACAGCCAAGGGACGAUGCGGGGUAUCUGGUCAUUGCAUUUGCAGAGCCUCUCGGUGUACGCUACGCUGGCCCAGAAUUGCGGGGCUUUGUCUGUACCUCAUUGUUGUACCGUAACUACUAAUUGUAAUGAGCUUCUUUAAAGGAUGUCGUUAACUUGGGCGAGUUUUCAAGGAUUCCAAUUUCCGCGCAUGUGUGCUUUUUUUUGUUGUUGUCAACGACAAUAUACAGUGUGCUAGUGUACUCUGCACGGCUUUGCUUUGCUUUGCUUUGGUCAAGGGGAAUUCGAAAAAAAUCGCACCCAUCUCUUGGAAUGUGGAUAAUUCGAAUGUGCGCAUGUGAAAAAUAUACGCAAACUCCUAAACCCACUUGUUGCUGCUGGAUUUGGCAGAAGAUGCAAGACAAGGAAGGUAGAGGGUAAAAGCGCGAAGUCAGAGAAGAGGCUAAAGAUAACUAAAACCU